GCUCUUCUCCCCUUGCAGCCUGAAGUGCCGCUGUGCCUGGACCAGGCAGCAUGUCGACAGAAAAACUCAAGCACCACAAAAUCAUCUUCGUGGUGGGUGGCCCCGGCUCAGGGAAGGGGACCCAGUGUGAGAAGAUCGUGCAGAAAUAUGGCUACACCCACCUCUCCACGGGAGACCUGCUGCGGGCAGAGGUCAGCUCGGGCUCGGAGCGGGGCAAGAAGCUCCAGACCAUCAUGGAGAAGGGCGAGCUGGUGCCCCUAGACACGGUGCUGGACAUGCUGCGGGACGCCAUGGUGGCUAAAGCAGACGUGUCCAAGGGCUUCCUCAUCGACGGCUACCCCCGCGAGGUGAAGCAGGGAGAGGAGUUUGAGAAGAAGAUCGCUCCCCCGACGCUGCUGCUCUACGUGGACGCGGGGAAGGAGACGAUGGUGAAACGCCUGCUGAAGCGAGGCGAGACCAGCGGGCGGGUGGACGACAAUGAGGAGACCAUCAAGAAGCGUUUGGAGACCUACUACAAGGCCACCGAGCCCGUCAUCGCCUUCUACAAGAGCAGAGGCAUUGUCCGCCAGCUCAACGCCGAGGGCUCUGUGGAAGAGGUUUUCCAGCAGGUCUGCUCCCACCUCGACAGCCUGUAGCCGAGCCCCCAGCCCCACUCACCGCCUGGCACGCUCCGGCAGAGACAGCGGAAGCGGCUUUAUCCUGUUUUCGUGGACAGAGCCACAUGGAGGAAAUUUCAAGGACAUUGUGUUUGGCUCUUUCCCGUCUCUCCCCAGUAAAGUUCGCUUUAAUGA